CAGCCAUCCGGCGACAUGGACGUCGCCCAUUUCAUCAUCGAGGUGUAUUUCAACACGCGUUCUCCGCAGCGUCGACGAGCAGAACGCAAGCCGACGACGAGGAUGGCUGCGGCGGCAGCGCCGACGGUGGUGGUGGUGGACGCGCGGCACUGCGCGGCGGAGGCGACGGCGUUCGCGGUGGCGAGGGUGAUCGGCACGACGGAGCGCGACUUCGCGGUGACGGACGCCGCCGGCGCGGUGGUGAUGCGCUUGGAGGGCGCCGUGUUCAGCCUCCGGAAGCGGACGCUCCUCCUCGACGCGGCGCGCCGCCCGGUGCUCACCAUGACGGACUCGACCUACCUGAUGAGCUCGAUGUGGCACGCCUUCAGAGGGGACAGCACCAGCCGCCGGAGCGUCCUCUUCAGCGUCGUCAAGGAGUCCGUCGUCCAGGUCAGGACCAAGAUCUUCGUCUACCUCGGCGGCUACCGCUCCGCCGACCAGGUCCCCGACUUCGUCAUCGGCGGCAACUACUACGGCGGCGCAUGCACUGUCUUCGCCGGCAACUCCGACUCCGACGCCGACGCCGCCAUUGCUCAGAUCACUCGUCCAAAUUUGGCGGGUACAUUGGUGGGAUUGACGAGGUCUGUGUAUACGGCUAGGAUCAACCCGGGGAUAGACCAGGCGUUCAUCCUGUCGCUCGUUGUGAUUCUGCACGAGAUGCAUCACUGCAACACUAGUAGUAGGAAUUGGGGACUUUGAACUCUGAACUUGUGACAUUUUUUCUUCUUUUAUUUUUCAGUACAGGUUCAUCAAAUGUAAAUCAGUAAAUGUAUGUCUCUCAUUUUUCUAUGAAUCAACUGCGUUCAAUAAAUUGUCAAGAGAGGUUUCUUGUGGCCA